AUGCCGGUCCUCAGCUUCGUCUUGUCCGAAUCUGUGGGUAAACAUGAUAGGAAAUGGGACGAGCAAAAUGUUGUGUUGGACACUGCACGUCCUCUAUUUCUUCCUGCUGUGAUUUUUGUGCAUAUCAGAGUAAUGGAAGAAGAUUGUGGUGCAUUUGCAGCAGACUGUGUUGUCCUCUCAUGUUGCUGCCAGUGCCUUGUCUUACAAGUCAGUGUCUUCAUCUUCUUCAAGAUCCCUCGUAAACUUGCCAAGAAGAUGAAGAAGUUUGUGAAGAGAAUAUGUGGAAAAACCUUGCAACCAACAAUGGAGGAUGUCAAAGAGGAGCAUUGGUCUGGAAAUGGGUUUCCCUUUGAAGAAGGCUCAUCAAGAUCAAUUUGCUUCGAAGAUAUUGAUAGAAUGUUGCAGGAACUGUCCAUGAACAAAGGGUUCUUGUUUGGAAGCUUCUGGCGCCAUGAAGAUUCUUCUGACAUUUUCGAUUUCAAAUCAUAA